AUGCAGAUUGAGCGGACUCGCGGUGGAGUGAAAGAGCUCAUAUCCGGAAUAAGCUUCCCACCUCCGACCCCGGAGUCCCGCCGAUCUUGCCCUCACUGUCCCAUGACCUUCGUGAACGAGCAAGGCCUUGGGAUCCACGGGAGAACGCAGCACAGAAGUGCAAACAUGUCCAACGGCGUGCGGCUGCGGCGGAUGCUACGGAAGAAUCUCGAAGGGCGUGUCCUGCCGUGGGAAGAAGCCGGGCCUGGGCGUUUUUGGCACGUGAAGGUCGAUAAUGUGACGGGGGCGGCUUCGUUUGUCCUCCAGCGGAAGCGCUUUCUCGGUCUAGACUUGGAAAGCGACGGCUUUAUGGACCACCAACCCAAGGACACUCGUGGGGCUCCCAAGCGCAGGCGAUACGACUUCAGGUUCAAAGCCCACGCGGUCAACCAGCUGCGCCUCCUCGAGGACAACGCCGAAGACCUCUGGAAGGAGGAGGAGCGCACGCCUCUUCAGUUCUUGGAGGAUCACUUGGAAAGCGACGGCUUUAUGGACCACCAACCCAAGGACACUCGUGGGGCUCCCAAGCGCAGGCGAUACGACUUCAGGUUCAAAGCCCACGCGGUCAACCAGCUGCGCAUCCUCCAGGACAACGCCGAAGACUUAUGGAAGGAGGAGCAGCGCACGCCUCUUCAGUUCUUGGAGGAUCGUCUCAAGAUUCCCUACAGCAAAAUACAGCUGAGGCCCGCACUUGAGAAUAUGGCACUUAAGAACAUGGCGCUAAAAAAAAAAAAUUUAAGAAUUUUCCGGGGGAUCAUGUCCCUGUCCAAUCCCUUAUCCCAUGGGUCGUUGAAAGAUCUUGGCAAACUUGCAGAGUUGAAAGGACGGGGUCUGAUUCUUGACCGUCACUUCGACACGAUAAAAACACAUGUGAAGGCGGGAAACUCCGUUGCGAAGGAGCGGUGGGACGCCAUCGAGAGCGCGUGGGGGUUGAAGCAGAACGGUAUCUUCGACGAAGGAGAGUGGAUCGUGCAGAUUGAUGGUGAAAUCCAGGGCAUUACCAGCAGCACCCGCCUGUCCUUGUCAUCCCAACAAGAUGCCAGCAGCGCACGAGGUGCUGCUGCACCUUCUCAGCACCCACCUGCUGCUGCAGCGGGUACCGCGAGGAGGAAGGUGGAUCGAGGGAAGCACGCCAGGGAGAGAGCUGCGAAAGGCACUUUAGGCGGCAACAUCUGCAACGCGUUCUCAAUUGGCAGCGGACAACCGGUGAAAUCGGUUACAUAUGUAUCCAACGCUCCGACGCACGCUGUUGCUUUGUUUUGCUACACAGCGCCACAACUAAUAAGAGCGACUGACACGUCACAUGGCUCGUUGAAUCCCCUACACGGCAACUCCGCCCUUUCCCAUCGCACCGAGCAGAUUGAGCGGACUCGUGGUGGUGUGACAGAGUUCGUAUCCAGUAUCAGCUUCCCGCCUCCGGCCCCGGAGUCCCGCCGAUCCUGCCCUCACUGUCCCAUGACCUUCGUGAACGAGCAAGGCCUUGGGAUCCACGUGAGAACGCAGCACAGAAGUGCAAACAUGUUCAACGGCGUGCGGCUGCGGCGGAUGCUACGGAAGAAUCUCGAAGGGCGUGUCCUGCCGUGGGAAGAAGCCGGGCCUGGGCGUUGUUGGCACGUGAAGGUCGAUGAUGUGACGGGGGCGGCUUCGUUUGUCCUCCAGCGGAAGCGCUUUCUCGGUCUAGACUUGGAAAGCGACGGCUUUAUGGACCGCGAAACCAAGGAAACUCGUGGAGCUCCCAAGCGCAGGCGAUACCACUAUAGGUUCAAUGCCAAUGCUGUCAACCAGCUGCGCAUCCUCGAGGACAACGCCGCGGACAUCUGGAAGGAGGAGGAGCGCACGCCUCUUCAGUGCUUAGCGGAUCGUCUCAAGGUUCACUACAGCAACAUCGUAAAGUGGGCCAAGGACGAGAAGGCCAUAGUCGCGGCGCUUUACAAGAUGUUCGUGGAGCGACGUAAGAGGAAGCUGAAGGUAUCGACCCUGUGGCUGACGAUCACGUUCCGGAAGCUCGUGCGAGAGAUGUAUCCCGGGGACCAACGGGCGGCGGCGUUCCGCGCAUCCUUCAGGUGGGCACGAAAAUGGGCCAAGAGGCACAACCUGUCCAAAAGACCUCGGACCAACCUCAAGAACAAGUCUGUUGAGGAGCGCCUACCAAAGAUCCAGCGCUUCCACCAACUUUUUCGCAAGCUCCUGCAAGAGCCGAGCUGGAAUUGGCCGUACUUGGGAACUCUGGACUCCCUCUCUGCGACCGUCGUAAUCACCGAUACGUCCUACCGCGAAGGCCUGAUGCGCGGGCGGGGUGAGCUUCCCAAGGCGAGGUCCAUUCUUAUCAUGGACAACUUGCACGCGCAGACGACGGACGAGUUCAAGGAGUAUCUUCCGAAGGAGUGCAACACUCUCGCCUGGUAUGGCCCUUCGGAGUGCACGGACGAGGUGCAGCCAGUUGAUGCAGUAGCCGGACGAUUUAUCAAGGUGGAAGCUGGGAGGCAGAUGGACAUUGGAUUGGAGCGGCCAUGGCAAGAAAGAGUCAACAGCCAACAGGCGUUCCGAUUCCGCGUUUUCGAAAAGUGCGGGAUGGCCAUGACUGUGGACGGCUCAGGCGAUGAUCGGGUCACCUUGGAGGGUUUGGACAAGCCGUACACCUUCGCAAACGAUGAAGACUGUAGCGAAGACGAAGAAAGUUUGGGGAACGGCAGCGACGAGCUUGAGGGGCGGGGGAAGGAGAGCGAUGGACGUGAGACGGUCGUGGAGGGCGCUGAUUCCAGCGAUGAUGAAGACGACGGCGGCACGUCUCAAACCCAGACCGAUGAGCUAGCUCUUCUCGACGACGACGACAGCAUGGACCCACAAGACCCGGAGGACGAGACACAAGGAAUGGAGAUCCCGACAGGCUUUCGCAUUCAAGAAGUUAAACCCGUUGCUCUUGACAAAUUGCUUUUGCGACGUGGAGUGCUCGUUAGGCUGGGGAUGGGGUGGUUUGGAGGGUUGAUCAUUCAGCAAUCUCAGCAGGACACUCGCCACCUGUACGACUACUGUGUGCAGCUGGAGCUAGACCAGAGUACGCGCAAGAUGAAGCUGCCCUUAGACAAGUACACCGGAGAUCUGGAUGCGGCGGUAGGCUCCUGGGUUUUGCUUGAGAGCGUUAGUAGAUCGGGGAGGGUACGCAGGACCAACGUCACCCUUGUGGACCAAGAUGGUUGA